AGAUGGAAAUAGCAUACACAGCAUACGUAUAUUACAUACAAACCAGAAAUAGUAUAAUCAUAGUGCAACAUUAACGCACAUUCACCCCGUUCUCCUCCUCCUCCUCAAGCAACUCUUUGACCGACAGAUGGCAACCGGAGUGUAGUGCAAGGCAAACAGCGUGCGGACGAUCCAAUUGUUACGUUAUCGUCUUGCCAAGCAGAAUAAUGCAAUCAAAGCACAUAACCGAGCUCCCUUCUCCCUUGAAACAUAUUACCACAACAGCCGCAAACGAAAGCAAAACUAUCAAUAGAAUGGAUCCUACCACAAACUACCGUACAAAUGACGCUGUCGUCGGUGUGUUGUGGAUGUGGCCAAAUCGCGCCACAGUCGAAUCCGUCGAACCACCAGUCCUGGUCCUGGAACGCUUUCUUGGAACGGCUCCCGCUAAAUGCCGGAUGCCGGCACAAGAGAACGUUGUACGCGGACCACGCGGUUCGUUCGGAUCCGCUGUUCGCUGGUACUCUACUUCACCCGCGAAAGCAUCAGCAAAUAUAUAGUUGCAAAGGAGCAUAUCCACCCAAAAUAAACAAUAGUAUACCGGUAAAUCUGAUCCCGGCACCAACUUUGGUACCAGGACGACUCAGAAUUACAAGCAAAUCAACCAAUCAACCAAUCAACCAAUCAACCAACAAACCAACCAACCAACCAACCAACCAAGCAAGCAAACCAGCAAACUAUAAACUACAACAGCACAAACACUUUACAGUUAACGAAUCUACCACGGAAUGCUGCGUGCUUUCCCCCAGACGACAGGAAAGUGUUUGUGAAUCACUGUUCAUCUUUUAGUUUUAGUGAAAAUCGCCGGAGUAAAGAGCAAAAUCGUGAGAUGGACUCAAUACUUAAGUUUCUAGUCACACCGGGGGGGAAUUUAUUGCUAUUUAAAAACCACACACUUUUCGAUAGGUUCAUCACAAUUAAGUUUGCAGCUUAAAGAUUCUUUUGGUUUGGUUCCCGAAGCAUGGAACGUGUUCGAUGAAACUUUGUAACGUGCCCGGAAACAAAUGGAACUAUUUAUCUUGCGUUGAAAUGUGGGAAAAUAAACAAUGAAAAUAUUACAUUAGACUCUAAAUUAUACGUACACAAAUAAGGCAAAAUUUUAUACCGAACGAACUUUUCGUCGUAUUCCAACCUGGGAGUGACUGGUUUUGAAGGUAUACUGCAAAAUGUAUCCUAUAUUUUCUACAUGCGUGAAAUGAGAGAACCAUCUCGAAAAAAGAAAAGAAAACUGGAUAAAUUGCACACAAUCAAAGAGAAAUCGCGUUUAAACCGAUUACCGAUGCAACUGAGGAAGCUCAAAAGAUAGCAAAUGAAGGUAAGGAAGCGUGUGGGCCUCGAAAGCGUGGGCCUCAUGAAUGGCCAAAGGCAGGAAACUCAGUAAGAUAUGAAAAAAACUGUGAGCUCAAGGAAAUAUGAACAACAUAUAAAAAACACAAGAAUUGCAAAAUAGAGGCAACCAAAGGAAGCAGUAGGGGAGAGUGAGCAAAGAAACACAAAACGCAGUAAAAAACUACAAAUGAACCACACAGACGAGCGUGCGCGAAAAGCGAUGUAAGUCGAAGUUCGUAUGUUGUUAAACUACACUACACUACCUUUGUUAAGAUGAUAUAUGUUUGUGUUUAAAGUGUAGCUGGCACACGUAAAAAUUACUAUAAAACAACACACACUCUCUGGGCGCUGUGUGAAGGCAUUCGACGGAACAAUAAGCUAAAACGGCACAAGGCACAUUUAGGCACCGAGCAUCCAUUACACCGAAUAAAAAUUGAACCAAACAGAGGAAGAACAAUACCGCAACGCGCCACAAGCCACAACCUCUGAACCAUUUCGUGCGAUAUGGACAACAUUUUGAAACACUUUCGAAGGCCAGCAUGACGAAUACUAUUCCAUAGAAGAAGAAAAAAAACGAGUAAACCGGUGAGGAAGCAAAUGCGGAAAGAAAUGUGUAAAUGAAAAUCAUUUUUACAUGAAAUAAACUAUUUUUUCAUUUUCAAAUGAUCAAUAUCUGGACGAGUUUAUCCCUUUUACUUCGUGUUAUCACCUGAGAAAGGGGUCUUUUUAGCCUCAGAUUUCUAUUUUCAGCAAAUUUCUUUCGCAAUCUCUCGCUCUU